AUGUGUGGGCAUAACCCACCAGAGGUCGCCAAUGCCACAUUCAAAGCCCUCGCCUACAAGAAUGGCACCAUCCUCAACUGUGAAUGCAAGAGAGGUUUCCGAAGAACAAAGGAGUUGGUCUACAUGGCUUGUUCAGAGAACUCCUGGAGCAGCAGCUGUCAAUGUACAAGCAACUCCCAUAGCAACUCAAGAAAGCAAGUUACACCUAAACCUGAAGACCAGAAAGAGCAACCAACCACAAAAAUGCAGAAAUCAACACCGUCUGUGCACCAAGGGAACCUCCCAGGUCACUGCGGGGAGCCCCCUCCAUGGGAACACGAAGAUAGCAAGAGAAUCUAUCAUUUCGUGGUAGGACAGAGAGUUCACUAUGAGUGUAUUCAAGGAUACAAGGCCCUACAGAGAGGUCCCGCCACAAGCAUCUGCAAAACGAUCUGUGGGAAGAAGGGAUGGACUCAGCCCCAGCUCACAUGUGUACAUGAAAGAGAACACCAUCAGUUUCCAGCCGGUGAAGAAUCUCAAGGAAGCAGAGAUCCUUUUCCUGAGAGUGAGAGUGAGACUUCCUGCCCCAUCACCACCACAGACUUCCAACUGCUGACAGAAGCCCCUACAACUAUGGAGACAUUCAUAUUCACAACGGGGUAUCAGACAGCAGUGGCCAGCUGCGCCUUCCUGAUCAUCAGCAUCCUUCUUCUGAGUGGGCUCACCUGGCAGCGCAGAUGGAAGAAGAGUAGAAGAAGCAUCUAG